AGACAAUUUGCACACGUACUAUUCUCCAAAGAUCACUUUUAAAGAGGAACCACCAACAUGACCCGACCAAGGUAUUGUAACUGAUUUGUCCUGUUUUAAUCCUGAGUAUUUGGUACAAAUUUAGCCAAAGCCACAUCUUACUACAGCUCGUGGCAUAGUGGGGAGAGAAUUUAAACAAUGUAUUAAAUGCUGAACAUUCUAAGACAGAGUGCUACUAUCUGCUUGGUGGACUUGGGUAUAGGAAUAUGUGUAAGAUCUGUACUGCAUGGAACCAUAUUAAAUUGGUCAGAUAAGAAUUAACCUGAUGCAGACAGACAUCUAGCCAAGGGCUUUGUUUUCUAAACAAUGAUAUGUGGACAGAAAAAAAGAGUCUAAUAUUUCAUAUGUGGGGUUAAUAUGCAGGGUGGCAGCUUGUUGAUCAUUUUGGUAUGAAGAAUCAUUUUUUUCCCACAAUUUGUGGCAAAACUGAAAAGUUCUUCAAAUUGGGAUUUUCAUCUUCUUUUAGAUCAACGUGAUGGAUUUUAUUAUAUUCAGAGCUAAUAUCACUAUGUAAAUGUAAAUGGAAAAAAUAGUCCCUUUUUUUUGUUUUCAAAGUAAAAAAAUAAACAAACUUGAAAUGUUGAAUUAUUCCAACGCUGCUCUUGUGACCCUUAGGGUAAACUAACCCCAUUGAGUUUAUUUGAAAAUGCCAGCUUGUAGUGAAUUGAAACUCAAAUUGCAAAAUGUGUCCAGAAUGGCAGAUUUGGGUGCAGAGCUCGACUGUUUUAGCAAACAUUUUACAAACCGAACUUCAAUGCAUUCCGGUUCAGUGUUAAAUAUAUAAUGCUCAUUGUCAGGGAUAUUAACUAUCCUGUCAUUGGCCUGGGACUUACUAGAGAUUUAAACAUUUUUGGCAAAAAGUCUAAUACCAUUUUUUCAGCAAUUUUUUUGCAGCAUGAUUUUUUUUUUCUUCCUGCAAAGUGAAAUUUAAGGUUUCAUUGCAGAAUUCCUGGCUUAGAGAAUUAAAGAUUUAAAAGAUUCAUAAAAUAAAAUAAAAAAUAAAUUCACUUUAAUAAAUUAGGUAAAAAUACCAAACUACUCUGAAUUAAAAUCCAAAUUGCAAAAUUAAGCCUAAAAAAAACAAAAUGCUGAGCUAGAAGAUUUUUUCCAGAUCUUCAUUUUUUAAAAUACAUUUUCCAAAUUAAUUCCAUACAUUUUGCCGCUUAGUAAAUAAAACCCUGUGAUUUUUCUUGAUUGAAAGUAUAUCCUGUAGAGAGCUUAAAUUGCAAUAUUUAAAUAUAAAUAGCAAUACCAAAAAUACAUAAAUAAUUAGUAUUUAAACUGGUAAAACUUUCAUUAUGCAGAAUAAAAAGAUAUGACCACAUUUUUAUUUUAAACCCGUAGAUAUUUAAAGGUACUGAAUAUAAUAAUUUAAUAUAUGUGUACGUGUGCAGUAAACUAAAUUCCUUCUGCCGCAAUAUUUCUACACAACAAAUAACACUCUCUUCUAUUAAACAAUCAACAGUACUGUUUAUUCUGAGACAUGAAUGGCUUUAUUUUUUUAUGAUCUAAAUGUUUUGUUUCAAUCGAAAACAGAAAAACAGCUCCAGGCUCAAAAGUAUUAACACAAAAGAGACUUUUUCUUUAUUUGCCCAGUCUAAACAUACAACACAUACCACAAUGAAACAGUAUUAGCCCUUCUUGUGCAAUUUAGAGGAGUUUUAGACAUCCAUGCGUUCACUAGGAAUAGGUUGUUUACAGACUAAGUGUACCUACGGUCUACAUUCUAUGCCAGCAGGCUUCACCAAACUCCGGCCCUCCAGAUGUUGCUGAACAACAACUCCCAUGAUUCCAUGAAUGAAAUAGAUAGGCUGAGAAUGAUGGGAGUUGUAGUUCAGCAACAUCUGGAGGGCCGGAGUUUGGGAGAGCCUGUUCUAUGGGAAUCGCUACAGAAGUGCCAGAACAAAGUUUGUCCUGUCAAUCAAUAUUGGUCCCCAUUUACCCACCUGCUGAAUCUUGGAUUUCUUUAAGUGUGCCCAGGGACGUAUGGCAUGGAAGGGUCCCUCUAACAGUCAACCUAGGGUUAGGACAACUGGUUAAAAAACAGAAGGUAUUUUUAGCAUGACCAGAAAUGUUAGUAUUCAUUUAUAAGGUGCAUGGUUCUCGUACGUCUUGCUGCUGGCUACCUCUGUGUAAGUGAACUAGGACGAGCGACAAAUGACUUGUUAAAACCUUUCACACCCAGCUGAUGAUUCAAGUGAAUCUAGAGACUGUAAUGAGAACAUUGUGCAACAUAUUGCAAAUAUAACCACAUUGUAACUGAUCUCACUAACAGGAGGUGCCAGUAAUGGUAGAAUAGCACCUUCGACAGUGUAAAUACAAUACAAUGCAUUUCCCAGUAUAAAACCACUGCACAGUCACAUAUAGUUACAGACAAUACACAGAACAAAGUCCAACACAUUUCAGCAAUGAAAGGUUUCAUUCAACUAUAAUCAUGCAGUAGUUCAAGGGAUAGCAUUGGCCGCCACACAUGUUAAGUUCACAGCAGCAAGAAAAUUAAUAGUUCUAUCUAAGAAUAUUUCUCACAUCGUAGAUGAAAGGGGCACGCAAAGCUACAAAACCAUUACUGAUAACUGCAGAUAACUGAUUUAUUUUCACCUACAGUGGGGUGGCACCAAUCCUGCAGUUUAAAGGAACACUAUAACGUCAGUAAUACAAACGUGUUUUCCUGACUCUAUAUUGUUUAAAAAUCAUGCUAAGUCCCCCCUUAAAUAAGCAUAAAACUUAACUUUAUUCCAGUGACGUGCCGGUUUGACGGUGGUGGCUCCAUCCUAAUCCGCCUUCUUGGCUGAGAUCAUCAGCUGAGAUCAUCAUCAAUUGACGAUCUCAGAAUGGGAAAGCAUUGGAUUGGCUGAGAUCAUCAAUUCUGAUUUCUGAAUCAAUGCAUCUCUAUGUGGAAAGUUCAGUACGCUGAAUGUCCGUGCUGCACAUUGUGUAGCACUGCCCCAGUAAGCACCUCUAGAGGCUAUCUGAGUGACUGCCACCGGAGGUGUCGCUAGGCAGUAAUGUAAACCCUUCUCUUUAAAUAAAUAAGCCAACAGGGACAUAAUAUACUCACCAAAGCCACUGCAUAAAGCUGUAGUUAUUCUGGUGACUAUAGUGUCCCAUUAAUAACAGUAACAGGUUGAAUUAAAACAAGGGUCUUUCCAGUGCAAGACUUGAUAAUGGGGAUUUAUUAAUUUCUCGUUAACAACAUUAAUUUCAUCCAAGCUGGGUGACAAUGAUUGGUUCUGCACAUCAAAUAGCAAGAUGGAACAAUAUAUACAGCACAUUACCAAAGAGGGUAGUAUUCUCACUACUGGUGUAAAAGUGUCCUUCAUGGUUAAAGAGCAUGCUUAGGUGGUGUGUGUUCUCAGACGAUUUAAGAGAUACUCCACUGUCCAAUUAAAAAAAUAGAAAAAAAAUCACUGUUUAGUAGAUAUGCCCCAAUUACAUAAUUGCCCCCUCCCCCCCCAAUGGUAGUAUAUCUCAAAACAGAUCUCCUAUCUGCUGCUUUUGCAAGUACCCCCCUCCCCCUCCCACCACUUUCUGUGGCUGUCCAAUGACAUCAUUCCCAAUGCAACUAAAUGAAAAGUCUCUGCACCGCAGGUGCUGUGGGCAAUUGCUGCCUCUUGAGUUUAUCUCCACUGAGCUAAACAAACCAGGAAAUAACAUGACUGGUUGUUUGAUUGACAGCUGGGGGGAGGGUUAAUUUAUAAAGUGAAAGUUUCUACUGAAAUAUUUAUACUUACAUACAUUUUGUCUCCUUGUGCUUUAAUAAUGUACAGAUUGCAACCAAAUUGUCACAAGGGUUUUUUUCUGGUUUCUUCUGGGAAUUGCUGAGAUUAUCAGAAUGUGUCUUCUCUUACAACAUGUAUUGCUGGCACUCUAAAGAUGCCUCUAAUUAACCUAAUAAGUGCCAGCGAUUAAUAUACUUUCUAGGGCAGGAGUAGGCAACCUUCUGCACUCCAGGUGUUGUGGACUACAUCUCCUCUGAUCCUUUCCAGCAUUAUGGCUGUAAGAGCAUUAUAGGAGAUGUAGUCCACAAUGCUUGGAUUUCUGGAGGUUGCCUACCUGUUCAAUGGAGUCACUGAGAUUGCUAUGUGGAUGCAUUUUACCAUACAACUGGUCUGUUAUCUGUUAAAUGUUUUCCUCUAAUUACCCAGUAACCAUAUAUAGCAGCAUACAUUCAUUAAUACAUUAAUAUUAAACAUUAAUAAUACAAAAUACUAAUCUACAGGUAUACUCUAAGCACCAAAACCAAUGGUAAUAUGGUGGUUUUAUGUACACAGAUGCUGCCCCUUAUGUGUGAGAAUUUAAAAUAUUCACGUUUCGUACUGUUUAGAUUCAACUUUAUCGUCUGUAAACCAAACUUGUAGUUUCUCAAUGAAAAUAUCCAUUUAGUAUGAUUGUCACUUUAAAAUCAUUUUCAUGAUGUGCAAAUCUCUCUUUCCUCUCCUUCUUCCUGCAUUAUUCCUUUCAUUGUCUCCUUUCUAUCCCUUGCUUCCCCUGCCCCACUAUAUCUAACAUUGCUCCAAUAUACCUCUUCUUUGCCCAUUGUGAUAUUUCACUCCAUUCUCAAUUCUCACUCCCCUUCUUAUCGUACUUUGUGUUCCAUCCCCAUCUCCUAUACGUCUUCAAUUGAUCUAAUGCCAAUACGUUCCCCAAAUUAAUAAAUCCCGACUUUCAUUGCCUUCUGCCAUACUUUCUCAACUAACUAUUCCUCGUCCCCCGCUGCCUUAUCUCUUUCCCAACUUAAAUGGAUGGUUCAUGCACGGCCCAUGCACCCAACUUAACGUUCACCCACUUCCCAAUCCUAUUGGUAGUGGAGAUGCGUCUUUCAAGAUGAUGGCUGCAGUAGCCGCACUGGUAACUUUCAGCAAUCUGUGCCUGCUCAUCGCGUUGGUAUCUAAUUACUGGAUCUAUGCGAACGGACGUGAUGGUGUACUCUAUUUAGGAAUUUGGAAAGGUUGCACUGUCGAUCAGUGUUACACACAGACAGCAGGAGGUAAGUGAUAUCCUUUUCGGCUCUUACAAAAUCCCUUAAAAUCAAGAUUUCAAUUAUCUUAAAUCCUUUUAGUGCAACAAUUCACUUACAAAAAGACACAACAGAUCUUUAUUAUAUCAGCAUCUAGUUGAAGUCAACAAAUAAGGACAGGGCGGCCAACGCUGUUUUCUCAACAAGAAGAGAGAACAUUUCUUCCGAACUCUAGGAAAAAGGACAGCAAAGGAGUAGAAGUAAAAAUAUAGGAGAAGAGGAGAGAUAUAACAAUUAAUUACAAUCCUGUAUCAAGUGAGGUAGUGAGUUGUUCCAAAUAUAAGAGCUAUUUGGGAAGUAACAUGGGGUAUGGACCAAGGAUAUCGAACAGCACACAUAAAAACACUGUCGUAAUGUACUGCACAGGUAAAUUGGCUGGUCUUAUGGAUUGAUGUGGCCGUACGAGGUCAUUUGGCAACCUUAGAGAGAAUGGUUAUGUUGAGAUAUUAUAGUUAGGAGGCGGCAGCAGGAGUCCCAAGCUUCAAUGGCAAAUAAUUGAUCCAAGGAUUCCAAAUUUUAAAAUAUUUUUGCUUAUUACCGCCCACCCACCAAUGUAACUCAUCCAUGGAUCUUGUGUCCUCCAUCCGAUACACCCAUUGCUCCGCAGACAGAGGUUGGGUUUCUUUCCAAUGGACUGUGACCAAGACAUUAGCUUCAUUUUAUAGAAACCAUAGUCAUUUUUGUUGAGCUACAUCAGUGAAGGAGUUGAGCCACCCCAGUAGAAUUCGAGAGUGGGAGAGGGUGGAGCAUAGGGGUAAAAUCUGUUUUAUAAAACUAAUGACUUCCUUCCAAUAUAGUAAAGUGGAAAAGAGAGCGCACAAAAAAAGAUGGAUAUAUAGUCAACUUGUAUGUAAUGGUACAAAGUACCUCCAAAUUGCAGCUGCUAAACAGAAAAAGAAUUUUCCCAAAUUCAAUAGAAAUUUUUUUGAUUAUGUUGUCAGCGCUUCGUAGAUAAUCCCCUUGAACUUAAUUCGGGGUAUACACAUUUACAAAUGUAUCUGCAACAAUUAGAAACAACUAUGUGAUACAAAAUCUAGCAUAAAAAGUGUCAAUGUUGCUGGCACAGGAGACUAGACGUAUUGGCAAUCUCACAGAUGAAAAAAGAUAAAAACGAACUCCUCAUCAACGCGUUUCGCCCCUCUUGUGUGGGCUUUUUCAAGAUAGCCGCUAUCUUAAAAAAGCCCACACAAGAGGGGCGAAAUGUGUUGAUGAGGAGUUCGUUUUUAUCUUUUUUCAUCUGGUGAGAUUGCCGAUACGUCUAGUCUCCUGUGCCAGCCUAGGUUACAUCUGCGGAAGGGAGGACUUUACAGAGUAUCCAGCCUGCCUCAGUGCACUAGGCAAACGCUGUCUUCAUCUGCAAACUGGACGGCACACUUGGGACAUAGAAGAGACUGCAGCCAGAUAAGCUUUUACGUGGUCCUUAGAAAUAGCACCACAUCUAUUUCUUGGAUCUCCAGCACCAGUCUGUGUCUUCAACAAUUUUAUGGACUUCCCUACAGUUUGGACCCUGCUAUAAUAUCAUAUGCACUGGAUUGUGAUAUUAUUUUUUUGGGUUUUAUAAUCAGCAACAUUGACACUUUUUAUGCUAGAUUUUGUAUCACAUAGUUGUUUCUAAUUGUUGCAGAUACAUUUGUAAAUGUGUAUACCCCGAAUUAAGUUCAAGGGGAUUAUCUACUAAGCGCUGACAACAUAAUCAAAAAAAAUUCCUUCCAAUAUAGUUGAAUGUUUGGACCGCACACACACACACAGAUUUAUUCAUUAACAUGUCAACAAAUAAAAGCAACCAGUGAAAGAUUAUUUUAUUAUUAUUCAUGAAAAUAAAACGAGCCUUGGUGGGGAUUUAUUCCAGUCUUUAACAUCCCAGUAAAUAGGUAUCUGCUUAUAUUAACCAUCGAGCUGGGGAAAGUUUACUGAAAAGUUGAUGAUGACUAUGUUCCGAUGAAACUCUCACAGUCAUCCUUCACCCUUGUUCUUUCUUUUUCUUUUUUAGUGUACAUGAAGACUAUUUUUAUAAUUACCUUCAUAGUGGCUGUUUUAGUCAAUGUAGUUGUUCUACUAAACUUCAAGUAUGAUUUCUCAACUAUUAAAGGCUACAAAAAGUAUGUGGGAAAACUUAUGUUGGCUUUUGGUGAGUAUGAGAUAAACCUUUCAAUUAUUUUCACACGUAACUAGCUAUCUCUAAAAUAUGUUAUGAAGAGGCUAUUUUACUUGGAUAGAUUUAUUCUCAUUCGCCAUUCAGAAUGGGUCAACAAGGAUCACAAGGUGGCAUUACUGACCUACCAUAUGUAAAUUGGAGCACGUAAAGAAUGGACGGAGUGACUGGAUGCUAAAUAUUUGAAACAUGGACAUAUCUGGGUCUAGAAAAGACAGGCAGAGAAUUCUAGAUUUCCAAUGGCCAAUCCAGACAGCUUUCCUACAUAGUCAUAUUUUUAGGGUACUGGUACUAACUUUGGAACUAUAUAAUAAUAAUAAUAUAAUAAUAAUAAUAAUAUAAUAUUGUCUUAGGACCAUGAAACUUUGUGAUAAUAUACAAUCCUCUCCCAUAAUUGGUUUAGGAACAUGGUAAAUACUUUAAAAGCUUUUUUAGGGUUUCUUCAAACCAUAGACCCACUGAUUUUACUGCAGUUACUAGCAUUACAUACGAUAUUUCACUCUGAACAUGAAUUCUAUUCUAUGAACAAAUUAUUGUCUAGUUUCACUUCUUGUGCAUAGUGCUAUGAUAGCCUACAGACCAACGUUUGUAACUAGAGCAUGCCUUUUAAUAUAUGUUUUCGUUGCAGCAUUUCUCGAGGCUACUGGGAUGACACAUGCCAGUAUUCUAUUCAUUCUCUCAGUGUUCUACAGUAGUUUGCACUAUGCUUAUUUCGUAGGAUGGAUCGCUGUUGCAUCGGCCUUUGCUGCUGGUACGUUUGUUUACUUUUUUAAGUUUAAUGGAGGUACCAAAGGAAAAAUAGGGAUUAAAUCAUUUGAGUUAUCUCUAGCUGGGCCCUGGAUUCUUUUAGUUAAUACCUAAGAUGACAAUUCUUAGGUUUUCAAUUGCAAAAUAAAUUAGGCACCCAAGCAGUGUCCAGGGUUAUUUAUUGUAACACAAGCAAGGUUUUAGCUCAUGAAACAGCCUUUCUGAAGCCUUAAGCUAUGGGAAAGCCUUGUUUUGGGAUCUUAAAUUUUUUGUGUUACAAUAAAUAAUUCCCUAUAGUAAAGGAGGAGACUAUAUUUAAAAGAAAAAAAAGCUACCACAACAAGAGGACAUAGUCUUAAAUUAAAGGGGCAAAGGUUUAAAAAUAAUAUCAGGAAGUAUUAUUUUACUAAGAGGGUAGUGGAUGCAUGGAAUAGCCUUCCAGCUGAUGUGGUAGAGGUUAACACAGUAAAGGAGUUUAAGCAUGCGUGGGAUAGGCAUAAGGCAAUCCUAACUAUAAGAUAAGGCCAGAGACUAAUGAAAGUAUUUCGAAAAUUGGGCAGGCUAGAUGAGCCGAAUGGUUCUUAUCUGCCAUCACAUUCUAUGUUUCUUGUUUCUAUGUUUCUAUUGAUGCCUAGUAUUUUGUAUGAAUCAUUACUGACGAGUGUGACCAACCCAGGCCAAUUUGCACCAAAUUGUUGUCUACCUUUACCUUUUGCGUCACCUGAAAACAAUGAGGUUCCCCUGUUAGAAUUUAAAAGACUGUAGUAUGGUGUCGGGAAGAUGUACACCAAAGAUACAAUAGUGUUUCUUGGCUUUAUGGCUGCAUGAGAUGUGCAGUUGCCUGCUGGGAUGACUUGUUGGGUUUUAUAUGUGUGCUAGCAACCAAAUGUACUUCAACUACACAACAAACUACACAUGUGGGCUUUUGUGAGGGAGCUCCAGUACUCCGACCGAGUACCUCUGCCAAGUCUGCUUCCUUGUAGCUAUCAGGAACCCUGGAGCACUUCAGACCCUGGAGCACUUCAGACCCAGUCGCGAAGGCUUGACUGGGAUCACUGAGAGCCUUUUCCACCCUGGACCAGGCUACUGUGAUUAUAGCCCUAGACACAUUUUUCAUCAGCAGAUUAUAUCCCUUUCCCCAAACACCAGACGACACCUGGUGAAGGUUAAAACAGUAACUUACUUUAAUAGAUGUAGCACACAUAUUUAAGCCCCCAACAGCCUCAUUUAUAUACAAUAGGGUGCAUAGAGCACAGUAGAACAAGGAAGGAUGGCGGCCGACAAUAGGAAGGUCUAAUGUGAGAUUAAGGAGGGACAGGGAAGCACCCUGCUGGGGAAACAGUAGGACAGGAAAAAAAGGAGGAGGAAAGGCACAGACAAUUAAUACAUUCAACAUACCCUGCAUCAAUACUGGCCACAGGGUGAAAAAACACAAGAGGAAUUUAAGGACCCACACGUAGUGUCUGUCUUCGAUACCCAGUGAUGGUGACUACCGUCAUAGCUUUAUAAAAAUAAAUAAAGAGAAACUGGAGCUCUUGUUCAGUGAGUGGAAAUUAUACUAACAGUUGUUGUUCUUUCCUUAGGGGUUUUGAGCUUUUACCACGGCCAUAUUGAACCAGAAAUUGAGGACACUACGACGACAGUUCAAGGAACCACCACAGUCAAAUCUGAAAGCCCCCCUCCAUAUAGCGUUAUGCCUUAAUUCAAUGAAGCACUGUGUACCGACCAUCAAACCAAUAGACCUCUCCUAGUAUUGACAUUGUUGGACAGCACAGUUAUUGUUUUACAUAUUGUUAGAUGGGAUCCAAUCCUAAAACACAAGGUGAUGUGAGAAGAUUCAGAUAUUCUUGAUAAUUGGUGAUGACAAUUCUAUGGAGCAAAAUAUAUAUUAUUCUAUGAUCUGAUGAUCUGGAUCUCAUAGCAUAAUGUAUUGAGUAUGUUCAUGUACCAUUGAGAUGUCUUUAUGCCUUUAGCAUCUUCAACACAGGAGGAUAAUUGUAAUAUUGCUGUUAGCCAAACUCAAUCCAACCAUGUUAGGGACCACACGACGGUCAUAUUUUGCCACUUUUGUCCUCUGUAUUCCUAUAGGUGAUUAUAGUAACAAAGGUAAGUAAGUUAGUGGCCAUAAAUGGUUUCUGGCUAGUAAUCCGAGAUUCUGAUAAUGAGCAAGCACUAUUCCUGCAUUACAUUUAAGGACAUUCAGGAGUCACUGUAGAGGGAGAUGUGAAUUUGAAAGAUAAACCUAAAAAGGAUAGGAAGCAUGAAUGAAUAUUGAUAGUGUUAAUGAUGCACAACCCAUGGUUCCGUGGAGAAAUCCAAUCAUAUUCUGUGUGUUCCCUGAUUACAUUACGUUACAAGGAGUUUACAAAUACUAAAAGCAACUUCCUUUGUUCCAACCGCAGUUGCAAAUGUAUUGAGCAACAAACAAAGAAAGACGUGAGCAUGCAAUCUUUAACUCCUUAAAGACACAUGACAUGUGUGACAUGUCAUGAUUCCCUUUUAUUCCAGAAGUUUGGUCCUCAAGGGGUUAAUAAAGUUAAUCUUUAUCCUGACAUGCAAACAACCGACUGGGAGAUUUAACACAGCAAUACAUGUGCUAUCUUGUACUUUUACACGCGUGUACAGCACUUUCGGCAUACUGAAAUAUCUGAUGGCUGUUCACAAAGAACAGUUAUUUUAUACAGCCAAACAAACUACAUGUAUUGAUUUUUUUAAAUUACAACUUAAUCUUUAUGUAAAAAUAUACUUUUAAAAUGAUGCAUGCAAUGUCAACGUUUAGUAAGUAAAAAACAGGAAUAUAAAAUGAAUCUUCAAAUUGUUUAUCUGCUAAUAGAUAAUAAUAAUAACGGUUUAAAUCAGGGAUCUAAAUGGGGGACAGGAAGGGCAAAUUGUCCGUCCAUUAAUGUGUUCAGGAGCAACCCAUAUCUAUGUUCACUUUGUAAUUCUGGAAGGAUUUACUUAUUGUACAUAUUGUUUACGUAUUGUACCUACAGCAUUUAAUAAAUAAAUGUAAAUAAAUACACCAAC